AUGAUUAGAUCAACCGUUAUUGGCUCCUCCAGUAGGUGUGUAGCAAGGAUUUCCAAAAGAGUAGGUACGAUCAAAUGUAUCACUAAUACCCCCAUUACCACUAAAAGAUUCAUUUCCGGUAAACCAAAUGAAGUGUUUACAAAACUARCAGACGAUAACGAUCCAAAGAGGGAUGCUUUCUUUAAGUACACUUGGGGUUCCUGGCUGAAGAAUGACAAACAACAGAAGGAGAAAAGAUUUACUAAGUUUUCCAUUGAAGGUUUGAACCGUAUUCUUAAUGAUAUAUAUAUUCAAUCCAGCGAAAUGGCCAAAGUUCCUUCGGAUAAGAUCUUACCGCCAACGUUUAACAAGAAUCUAACCGUCUCUUUGGUUAAUAACGUUAUACCUAAAAACAUAGGAAAGAUCAACCCAAACGAAAAAGUUCAAGUAACCACAAUGUCCAGUAUUCACGAAGGUAAACAUCACAGAAUAUACAAGGUCGACACUAAUUUGAACAAAGCGUUUGUUUUGAGAAUUCCGUAUCCGUUGGAAAAUGAAAACACUCUAGCUUACAGAAUUAGAAGUGAAGUGGCUACCAUGGAUUUCGCUGGUUUGAAGCUGGGCAUCAAAGUGCCCAAGAUUUUUUGCUAUGGUGUCAAUUCCUUAAAUCCUGUAAGACAGCCCUUUGUUCUACAAGAAUUCAUUGAAGGUGAUCUAUUGAUGAAAGACUGGGAUCCAUUAAUGGAAGAUGACUCUCCAAACCAAGGAAAGUUCGAGAACGUUAUCAAACAGGUUUCUGAUUUCCAGUCAAAGUUGAUAUCCUUAAAAUUAAAUGCAUUCGGCUCCAUAUAUUUUGGUAUUGAUCUGAAAAAUACGGACGAUAAUGAAUUUGCAAACGUAUACGAUGGCGAAACUAAUCCGGAUUUACAAAAUAGAUGGAAAAUUGGCCCAUCUGUGGAAAGAUGUCUUUGGAGACUAAAAUCCCAUUUAGACUUUCAGAAGCAAAUCAAACCGUUCUUAGGACCAUGGUCUAACAAGUCGCCAAUGGACAUUAUCAAAAACACCGGUCUAUUGGAAGCUGAGAACGCAAAAAUCAGAUUGGCCCUAAAAGAAGCAGGUAGCUCGCCCGAGGUAGUGGAACCUCAAACUUUAAAAGAACAAGUGACUACUUUUGAAAAUUUGGCUAAGAUUGCGCCCAACUUAUUCAAUGCGAAGACCAAGUCUAUCCCAAACAUACAAGAGUUAUUGUCACCACGUUUAUUCCAUCCUGAUCUAGACCCAAUGAAUAUUAUUAUUACUAAAGAAUCACAAGAAGCUUAUUUAUUAGAUUUUGAAGGUGCGUGCACCAAGCCAUUCAUUUUACAAAACUCACCACAAUUUAUUGCUUAUGAAGGGCCCAAAAUUUAUGACAUAAAAGAAGAUAUAAAGGACUUUGACAAGCUAUCCGAACCAGAGAAGGUGCAAUAUCAAUUCAUGUAUAAACGGACCCGUAACCAACACCAAUGGGAAAAGAAAUUGAAUGAAAACAAUUCUCAGCUGAUUACUGCAGUGGCCCCACCCGUUAAGUUACUAAGGAGUCCAUAUAUUGCAGCUGUUGAGAGGAAAACGGAGGAAGAAUAUUUGCUAGUGGACGAAUCGCUGUUGCAGUUGAAAGAAGUCUGGGACAUAUUUGCCCAAAACGAUUUAGUCAAGCAAAAGAAAUUCCCAUUGGACUACACAAAGGAAGACAUUGAAAAACAUGUUAAGGAUUUGCAAAAAUUACAUGAAAAGCUAAUCUCUACGCCAUUUGCCGCCACUCAAGGCUGGGUUCCUCAAGACAUGUUUGACCAAUUACUAAAAUCUGGUAUUAUCGUUAAACAGGAAAACGGGGAUUAUACUGUGAAACAACCUGAGCCUACUAAGUAA